AUUUAUGAGUAGAACGUAGCCAUCUCUCCGCAUAGGAUUUACCAUAAGCGCAGUGCUUAUGAAUUCUGUCGGUGGAGUAGCUACCGAACGACGAUUGCCUCAAACGCAGCAAUUUCUUUCGCAUUCCAACUUUCACUCCAACGCAACAAUUAUUGACGAGUCCCAGUUUCCAUCACUGGGCGCGAAAGGAACGUCCUCACUCGGCGGCGGCGGAUUCUCCCCAAUCCCAACAACGAGCGGAGGUGUUUUGAACGUUGCCCAGUCAUCGCCGUCGAGAGAUCUUUACGGCGCACAAAGACCCAAUUAUGCUAACCUGAUGAGAUCGGACCCCAGUCUAACAAAUCCCGAGUUCCAAAUACAGAACGAGGAUUUUCCCGCGCUUCCCGGCGUCGGUUCUGGUCAAACACAGCGAUCAAUGCUUGGAGAUCAACUGGCUAACAUGUUAGCAGACGACCAUCAAGUCGACUUUGCUGGACCCCUAGGCGAUUGUGACCCCUCGCGGCUCAGCGGGAUAUCAAGAAAUAGUCAAGAAGGACCUAUGCAUGGGAUUAUUACUCAUCCUGAUGGCGAAGUGACAAACAUUCCAGCGUCAAUGCUUGACGAUCAGUUUGGGAUGGCGGGUUUGGUGACAUAUCUUCGGACAGUUGACAAUCCUUCCAUUGUUUCACUGGCGUUAGGUUAUGAUCUUACGACGUUGGGCUUGAAUUUGAAUUUGUCAGAACGAAAAUUGUACAUGAACUUUGGUGGUCCGUGGGCCGAUUCGCCGAUUCGAGCACACGAGCUCGACGUGAAGGUGCCCGAGGAGUACAUGACGCAUAAUCAUAUUCGAGACAAACUUCCACCGCUGCGAUUGAAUAAAGUUUCAGAAGACGUGUUAUUCUAUCUUUUUUACAACUGUCCAAACGAGAUUUAUCAGGUGGCGGCGGCGUGCGAAUUGUACGCUCGCGAAUGGCGAUUUCACAAAAGCGAACAGGUGUGGUUGACGCGUUCUCAGUACGGUGGAGUGAAAGAACAGACGGGAAAUUAUGAAAAAGGGCAUUACAACGUGUUCGAUCAGAUGCAAUGGCGAAAAAUUCCGAAAGAGUUAAAGUUGGAGUACAAAGAGCUCGAGGAUCGGCCGAAAAUGCCGCAAUCAGUUUCCGGACAACCGACACCCUACAAAUACUUUUUCCAAGGACCACAAUUUCCGAGCGGUCCGGAGACGGGUCUGAUGCUUCAGAUGCAUAACUUGACGCUCGGCACAGGUGGCGGCGGUGGCGGACAAAUCACUCCACCGGCACCAGCGGGUCUUAACGGAGUUAUGGGUGGUGGUGGUGUUGGAGCAGCUGGAAUCGGAGGAAUCAAUGUGCAACCGGGAGCCGUUCCAUCGGCGGCGCGAGCUACUCCAAACUAAACAAGAAGAAGAUGAUCUCUCGUGUGCAAAUUUUCUAUAUCCCACUUUCGUCAUCUUGUUCUCGAAUUGCUCCCUUUCUCUCUCAUUUUCCAUCUCUUUUUCCCCUCUUUCUCUCCACAUUUUCUCUCCCAAUCUCCCAUUUUUUUCCUUCGUUUUCCUUAUUUUUCCUCUUUUCUCUACGUUUUCGUAUAAACGAUUAUCGAUA